AUGGUAUUCAGCCUACGCAAGCUACUGUCCCAGCCCUUUGGCCCUCUGCUAGAAACUUCAUUGGAUAUCGAUUAUCUCAACAGAACAAGAAUUCCACCUCUUUCUCUGUCAUCCGUCAGGAUGUUUCUGCCCGGACAACAAGGAACUGGCUUGGACGAGACGGAAUUUGUGGAUGGCUUUGCUGACAAUGUGCAGUUCAUUGGGCGCUUGGUCAUCGAAGAUUUGCGGUGGCUAUCUACUCUUGGAUACGAGCAGCUCGAAUGUGAGUUGCGAGAAAGGGACGUCGACACCAACAACCUGCAGUCCUGUUCGGGUCUCACUCUUCAGACACUCUAUGGACACAGGCCGGGGGAAGGUUCGAGAGUCACUAUAUGGUUAUUAUGCAAUAAGAACUUGACAGCUACAUUUCUAACACAUGACCGUUAUUCCAACAGUUUACUCCUUGCCACCACAAAGGGAAGAUCUUAUAGGAUCGUCUCUUUUGAUGUGCAUACCUAUCGACGGAGUCACAAGUAUCUCGAACGGUACCGCCUGUUGGCAAUGGUUGACAAGUUCAUAAGAUCCAAAGAAACCCCUAUCACUGACCACACCAUCGACUGGCUGAUAGAGAGCAUCCGUGAAUACCACAGUGUAGACGGCUCCGAAAGGCGUAUCCUCUAUGGCAGCGACGAUUCUGAAAUAGGAACGGAUGAUGAAGGAAAUCGAGGAAAGCUCAGGCGUCGUCGGCACUCGCUUCAUUUGUCCAAGGCAGAAGCUCGGGCUGUCCUAGCCAAAGACGCGAGAUGGCUGUUAGCAGAGCACUUGUAUCGGCGGGCUGACAAACGCUCCCUGAGCAUUAGAGCUCUCUGUCGAUUCUGCAGCGAGAUAGCGCAUGGGAAACGGUGGAACGGGAGGGGACGUCCCAGGGUGGGUGAUGAAGCAUUUGAGGCUCUCUUCGACUUUGAUAUCAACUUGAAUAAGUAUUGGCGAAAGGGGAAGACGAGGGCAGAAUGGCAGAGAAUGUUAGACCGCGCAUUACAGUAUGAGAAGGGAAAGAAGAGCAAAAAAAAGAAUUCGAAUGCUUCGGAAACCGACGAGCCUGAACAAAGACUUGCAGAAAGAUUGCCAGUAAUUCAUCACUACGAUGACGACAUGUCCCAGGAUUCUACACCUGCAGCAUCUGAUGUAGAGGACAAAACAGACUUGUGUCGUUCAAUCGGCCGUAGCAUACCACCAUGGUUAGCCACUCCACCGACAUUACCGCCACCAGGCACUUGUGCGUGGGACUGUAACUGUGGAAAUCAUAUUGAUGUCCUGGAAUGGUGUAAGGGUAGCAAAACUCGGCAUGCGAAUGACACGACACUGCAAGACUCGGAUAUGCUUUUGCAUCGUUUGCUUCGAGCCAUUUCUGAUCAUUACGAGGAGCAUCUGAAGCAAAUUGGUAUUCUGGAACAGCUCGAGGUAUUGAAUACGAGAAGGGCCAGGGUGCGGCGUAAUGUCGUUUUGAGGUAUCUAUCGGUUUUCUCGUUGUACAGUGACGGACUGACGUCUUGA